AUGAGAACUUUUUCACCCAAGUUGCUGCUUCUUCUUUUACUUGUUUUAAGACAUCAUGCUGAAUCUGGCUCUAUCGUCAAGUUUCUUCCCGGUUUUGAAGGCCCUCUUCCUUUCGAACUUGAAACCGGGUACAUCGGUAUUGCUAAAUAUUGGGCCAAUGACGAGAGGGUACGUGAAGCUCUUCAAAUAAGAAAGGGAAGUAUAGGAAAAUGGAUACGAUGUAAUUCGAAUAUACAUUACGAUGACGACAUUAUUAGCAGCAUACCAUAUCAUAUGAAUAACAGCAUCAACGGAUACCGAUCUCUUAUUUACAGUGGUGAUCACGAUAUGGAGGUACCUUUCCUUGCAACUGAAGCUUGGAUAAGAUCUCUUAAUUAUCCUAUUAUUGAUGAUUGGAGGCCUUGGAUAAUAAACAAUCAGAUUGCUGGAUACACGAUGACCUAUGCCAAUAAGAUGACAUAUGCUACUAUCAAGGGAGGUGGACACACUGCAGAGUAUAAACCAGCGGAGAGCUUUAUCAUGUUCCAACGAUGGAUCAGUGGCCAGCCUCUGUAAUAAUAAGAGAUGAUGAUGCCCUAUGCCAAUGAAAAAGAAAUAUUU